AUGAGGAUGACGGAAACGGUCGAUAUCAACGACACCACUAUUCUUGGGCAGGAUGUCGUGGCUGCGCCGUCGCAGGACAAUGGCAGCGAGGUGUCGAAUGAAACCAUCGAGGAGCGGUGCUUCUCGGCCGCUCUCGUGUGUUUAGAGGGCCAUUUCACCCAGUCGCCUCCCAUGGGCCCCCAGACCACAGCCAGGGUGAGCUCGAUGAUCUCAAAGACGCUGGAAAAGACUCAUACGCUUAGGAAAGCCAGAGAGGCUCUGGCACGCAAUGUAGCAAUCUGGAUAUGGCUGACAAGGAUCUUUGCCGCUGCUAUCCCAAGCCUAACGUCACGGUCAGUGGGACCGCUAUCUGCGUUGAAUGAUCCAAAUAAGGGAGUCAGCCCUCAGGAGAGCACGGCCUUGAUCGUCCUCAACCAUGUUUCUGUCAAGGAAGACCUGGGGACGCUCAUCAAGCUUAUGCAUAUUGCUCGGAAUCUUCUUGUAAAUGCUGAGCCCGAGGUCCCUCAGGACAUCUGUGCCGCAGUGCACUUUGACCAGAUGGUCUACCAAACCAUCAUCCUGUGUGUCAACGUCACGAGUAAGGGUUAUGACGGCGAGAUACUGGAUGAGGCUCAGAGGGUGAAGCUCACGGAUAUUACCGAACUAUAUAAGAAGCUGCUUGUGACUUCGCUACAGCAAGUUCACAACUGGACUGCCAAGCAUGAUCGCAACAAGAUGUCGUUUUGGUUUGAUGUUUUGUUUGACGACGACGGUGCGCUAUCAGGAUCGGAAGAAAUUAUGAGUGAUGGUUCAGGGUUCCGGCCCGACGCUGCUAAGCACCAAGUUCAGCACUGGCUUGAUCGGAACUCGAAGAUGUGCGACACAGCGAGGAAGCUGCUCAAGGACUAUGUCCAGAACCACGCAGACAAGCCGCCGGGAAACCUAGCCCCAAUCCGACCAUUGGCCUGGAACUGGCUUCCAGAUGUUCCUGCUGAUUCGCCAGUUGACGUGCAGGAGGGUAAUGAAAAGACGAUUCCAGUUUGGAAUGUGGACGAGACGGACAAGUUUGAGCAAGAUCGGCUGUACGGCCGUGUAUCUCGUGAGAUUGAUACAUGGUGGCUUCGAGCGCGCGAUCCCAAUUACGAGGAUUGGGUCGUCGGCAUGCCAUCUGUGGAAAUGUUCCUUGCAUUGGACUGUGGAAAGAGCCUGCUCCGUGAAUUGCUCGUCUUCAUUGCAGUAUGGGACAAGGAUGAGCAGAGUCUUAUUUUCCAGGUCACAACGCAAAUUGUCGAGGCCAUCCACCACAGUGCUCUGGUGCCAUAUGCCUGGAACUCUCUGAGAAUCCCCAAGGAUAUCAUUUCUCCAGCACAGACGGUCCUUUUGCGUUUGGUCAAUCACAUGCUUCGAGCUCGUGCUACCAGCACCACCAUCCAGGACCCCAAGGAUCAUACCAAGGACCUCAAGCUGGUACACUUCUUCUUCAGCUUUUUCCGAAGCAGAAUUGUGCCCGAGUGUGCGGCUCUCAUGCAUCUGCAGGCCCAAAUCCGCGAGGAGAAUCGCGAUCCGUCCGAGUUCCCUGUUGACAGCUGGGAUAUGGAACGAGCAAAGGACGGACUGGCCCAGUACCUGGAAUUUCUCACGACUGCAGCCGAAAUGGUGGAUAUGAGACCUCAUCUUAUUGAGUGGCAGGCUAUAUACGACCUCAUCACGGUUCUCAGCAGUCUUGAGGCGGCAGUUCCAAAAAAGCCCAUGGUUGAAGUCCCCAAGCGUGCACCAACAGCCGAGGCCACUUCCAACGCAAACGGUAGUAACAGCGACCUGAUGGUUGAGCGGCCAUACUCUACCGGAAAUGAGAACGCUCCUCCUUCGCCCCCGCCACCACCUUUGCAGGAACCAGCCCACAAGUUCCCAUGGAGUGGCAUCAAGGGCCAGAUUUUCACCAUCAUCGCAACGCUUCUGCAGCCACCACCGGGACAAAGCAGCCCUGGCAAUGCACAAGUGCAGAUGCAGAUGAUGAAGUACAACGGCAUUGUUCCCCUACUCAACUGCUGCGCGUACGACGAUCACAAUCCAUUUGCCAAGGAGCGAGUCACCAUCUGUUUGAAAUGGCUGCUGGACGGCUGUGAGGCAGCAAACAACUUUUUCCGCGAGCUUGUCAGCAUGGCGCCGCAGCCUAACCUGAGACCGCCGCCAGGAGGCACCACUGUGUCGACAAUCAGGGUGGAUGGAGUACAAGGCGAAGUCAAGGUGCAAGUACGUUCGAAUACGGCAGCGCCGCUGCCCGACCGCAGCACCAGCAGCACAGAUGAGUUGCUUGAGAAGGCUGCUGAACUAAAACUGGGGUUGAACCAAACCAAGAAGAGUGGCGGCGGUGGACGGAGCAGCAUUGAGGAGGAUUUCAUGGCGUAG